UCUCCUCGAGCUGAUUGAGGACUGCUCGUGUGGGCGUGGAUGAGUUGUGUGCUGCCUUUAUAAACGGUGAGAAUGGGCUCUACCAACCAUCUCACUUGUUGAACUCUAUCUAUUUAUCUAUCAGAGGACAGAAUAAGGAGACUCACUUCGGAAAAACUCCCCUCCAUCUGGUCGGAAAAUGACGACGGCGGUGCUGAAAGGAUUUGUGCUCUUCAUCUGCUUGUUCUUCACAGUAGUUCAGUCCAUCUCAUGCGAAGCCAGCAAGAUAGAAUCGCGCAAAAAGCACGAAAACGACGUGGCGCACCAAGGAUCUGCAAUGACAACAGGUGUGUGGAAUCAGGAGAAACCAAAGAGACUCUUUGCCAGGACUCGCUACCUGUCUCAGCAGAGACAUCAUGGGGCGAGACCUAAGCCCAGGCCCGAGGCGGUUUCCCCGGCCCAGACUCCAGCGCGCCGCUGUGCCGGUCUGACGGAGAGCUGCUCCUCGCUCACUCCCUGCUGCGAUCCAUGUGCUUCCUGCCACUGCCGGCUCUUCAACACCAUCUGCCAUUGCUGGAGACUGGGACACCUCUGCCCCAAGAAGACCUAAUCGCCCCAAACACGCACAUGUGUACAUAUUGGUGGUUCUCAGCUGCUUUUACUUCAGUUGAUUGCGCAACAAUUGUGCUAGCAACAACAAAAAUGGUUUUACACAUACAGUUAAAAUCAGAAUUAUUAGCCCCCCUGUAUGUUUUUCUCCCAAUUUCUGUUUAUCGGAAGCUCAUCAUUUAACAUGAUAGUUUUAAUAACUAAUUUCUAAUAACUGAUUUCUUUUAUCUUUUCCAUAAUGACAGCACAAAGCUUCAAGCUUAAAGUGACGUUUAAAGGCUUAGAAUCACUGUAUAACAAUGGUUUGUUCUGUAGACAAUCAAAGUAAUAAGUAAUAUUGCUUAAGGGGGCCAAUAAUGUUGACCUUUUUAGGGUUCAUUUUUAGAGUUUCAUCAAAAACUGCUAUUAUUCUAGCCUAUAUAAUACAAAUAAGACUUUCUCCAGAAGAAGAAAUAUUAUAGGAAAUACUGUGAAAAAUUCCUUGAUCUGUUAAACAUCAUUUAGGAAAUAUUAGAAAAAGAAAAUUCACAGGAGAGCUAAUAUUUUUGACUUCAGCUGUGCGUCAUUGUUAGUCUGGUAACACAUUCCAUCAAGGUUCCAUUGGGGAAAAACUCGAGUUAAUGUUAAUUCCAGCUCGUACUUAUACUUACUCAAAUUUAAAAGUUGACUUUAUCUGACAAUUAACAUUUUGCUUUAUUAUUAUAAUGCAUUUAAAUCAACAGAUUCUUGUCGCGUUACCAUAAAGGUUGAGAAUGUCAGCGAUUCAGAAAUACAAUUUUUUAUAUCUGACAACAGCUGUCUGAGCUGAUUAGCUUAUUCCAAUAUUAAUCUGUGGCAAAAUGCUGAUUGAAUUAUGAUUUCUAGGAGUUACAAGAAGAUGUCCUUUUUACACUUAAUUCACGCUAAGCCACAUAUUUGUCUUGUGGCUUAUUCUACAGUGAAAAAAAUGCUAAAUCAGUAACAUCUAAUGGUGGCUUCACAAAUCAAUAAUGUAUUAAAAAUAGUAAAAGUUAUUCCUUUAAGUUUUUUUUUUAAGCUUUUACGUAAAGAUGAUGUGAUAUAUCGCCCAACGAAGGGGAAUUUAAAGUAAAAACAAUCACGGACAUCUGAUUGAAGUGUUUUUCCAAACCAAAGUGAAGUUUCACAAAUUAAAGCUGCGGUCACACUAGAGUUUGAGCUUGCGAAAUUCUGUCAUAUGUCUCUGCGAAAAGGGGCGGGAUUAAACAAGAUGAUUACACAUUUAAAAAAGCGAGCGAUUGCAUUCGCGUGCGUAUGAAUGGAAGUCUAUGGGGGAAAAACUCCAGUGUGACCGCAGCUUAAUUUCGAAAGGAGCACGUGAUGUGAUUGAUCGCAGCUGGCCUCUCAUCUGUAAUCAUUAAUAAACCAAUUGGAUUAUUCCAAACUAUAAAUAGCCCGACUAACAUUACUCCCUUAUCUUCGUAUUUUGAAGAAUCCCCCUUCCACCCCAUCUCUUUCUUUCUUUCUUCCUUUAAGAGUUUGAGCUCUUGAGAACUACCUGAUCUUGUACCCCCUACAUGCUCACUGAGAGCCCUGAGCUCAAUUAUCUCCAAGCUCAGGAUUCUCUCCUGGGACAGAAAUCUGCAACCCAGGCUCAUUCUGAAAAUGUAUCACUAUACAGUACCAGGAGCUAUGUUUUUUUGCCAUUUUUGUUUUCGCAAAUCCUCCAGAGGCCGCUGUGUACGCUUUUUGAGAUCUCAAAUUUCUCUUGCGAGUGCCAUUCGCGCUUGCUGUUCUGGCGUAAAUCCACCAGAGCCCUCUGUCGACUGACUGACUGACUGACCCACCCUCCUCCUUCUCUAAACAAAACCAAUAGUAUUUUAAAAAGCACCAAUUAACCCGCCCACCCACCCACUUCCCUAAACCCAGCCGACAGUUUUAAAAAGCAAGGCAGAAAAGAAAAGCCCUCGCCUGAUUUUUACCACAUUUUUAGAUUUGACCACAUUCUCACCUUGUUAUUGACUUUGUUUAUUUUAUUUUUAUUUUUUGUAUUCUGUUUUUGUCUUACCCACUUUCUGGAACCGUUCUUCGUCAGAUUCGAACCCCGUCGUCGGGGUCAACUCCUCUCUACAUUUCAAGAGUGCUGGCGUACGAUGCGAGUCACUAAACAAACUACGGGAAUGUAGUACAUACAGACUAAAGCAGUCAGCUGGUAAGCGCAAAAAGGAACAGCAUCAUACCACCCCAUAUCGUUCAUUUUAAAGACGAAAUGCAGCCAUACGUACUUCUGGCUACAUAAUUCGCAAUCUCCAGAAAUGUAAAUAGGGCUACGUUUUCACAAUUCAGAAUGAGCCAAUGUUGCAAAUCUGCUGUUAGUAUCAAAAAAUAUCUAAGUGUGAACUCUUAAAGUGCGCAAAGUUGGCCACUUUGAAGGCCCCUUUGAAAUCAUGGAUUUUGAAGGGUACAAGUGAUGGACACUUCAGGAACCCAUGAUCCUUUAAGGACAGAAGAUGUCUUAUGUCGCAAACUGCAUUCUAUUGAGAAGCACUAAAUUCAUUUCUUCGAAGCAGUCAUUAGGGCUUAGGGAUGAACGCUUCCAAAUGGAGCGCAGUAGUUGCAUCCCAAAUGGCACACUAUGCACUAACACAAUCAACAGCAUAGUAUAUGUAUUUAGUGUCUUCCCAAAUGGAACGCUAACAUUUUUUUACUAAGCGGAAAUUCAAACUGUUUCCCAGAUGAUGUUUGACGGUUGCCAUAUUAGUGAAAUAAAUGACCAAAUCGGCCGAUGAGUGUGUGAAGUGUCUAACAUUCCAUACUUCAUUUUAACAGUUGAAUAAGUGCAUCAUCUAUGUAACAGUGCAUUAUACUAUUUACACUACAAAAUGGCAUAGAAUAGUGCAUAAGUAUGCGAUUUGGGAAGCACAUAGAGUUUGUCCUGUAGUGCAAUAGUAAAAGUACUCAUGCAUGAACACAUAACUGAACACAAGAUGCACAGUUUUAGCAAAUUCACAUUUUUAGAGUUUACACCAUACCUGCCAACAUUUGUCCCUGAAAAUCCAGGAGACCUGGGGGUUAGGUUCGAGGGUGAGGGUGUGAAUAACACUGUUGAGAACCGGGUACUGUGUACUGUGGUGUUAGUAACUGUACUAUGAAGCGUAUUUCCAGCGGCCGCUGCGAUGGGAUCCUAUACCAAUGUUGGCGAGCUGGGGGUUUCACAGACUGUACCAAAAUGCUGAGGACCGG